AAUCGCUUUAUCAUUGCCGGGCACAAAAAGCAUUAUGCUUUUGCGCACGCCGAUCGAGCUGCACACGGCUUUCUUAUCUUAUCGGACAGCACGGCCCACCGUUUCGAUUGGACUGGAUCGGGUAUAAAGAGGAGGGUUUCCCAACCAGAAGGCAUCAACAGGUUCAACAAGCUUCGAAGACUCGGAAAUACCGCAGUAAAUAAACCAAAAAAAUCAACAAGAUGCCUUGCAAGGGAUGUGGAAACAACUGCCAGUGCUCAGCCGGAAAGUGCGGAGGUAACUGCGCCGGAAACAGCCAAUGCCAAUGCGCCGCCAAGACGGGAGCCAAGUGCUGUCAGGCCAAGUGAUGGCCGGAUCCUUUUGGAUUAGGUUAAAUAGUCUCUAAUAGUUGUUACAAACCCCCGACUGACGCUGAAUAAAACCCAUUAUAAUGUUGUGCUUAUCUUAA